GUUAUGGGAAACGAUUAUGCUCCACGGAGCAUAAAAACCAGAAAGGCCAGUUUCUGUGCUGUUUAUUCUACAUAUUUCCUUGCAAUCUUCGCAUGCAACAUUAUUCCUUCUGUGACGAAAGCAUUUUAAUUGCAACACCGAGCAUCAGGGGAAAUUUUGCCGAAGUUUGGAAUUGAUCAGUCAUAAUACCAGCAGAUAAAACAGGUGCUACCAGACCUGCUGAGUUUCUCCAGUACUUUCUGUCUGAAUUUCCGGUCUCCAGCAUCCGCAGUAUUUUGCUUUUAUUAGAAUUACAUUUGGGUUUGUCACCACACUUUGAUUCCGCUGAAACGUAGCGACAUCAGAGUGAGUUAGUGACUCUUCGCUCAGGUUAUACAUCCCACUGUCAGAAAAUUGUGGUGAAAAUGGCUUACUUGUCGAAGGGUGAUGGAAAUGUCCUUGCACCAGGCCAAUUCCCACCACCACAACCGCUGGCCCUGCAAUUGGUGCAACACUUGGGAAACGGUCAAGUGAACCAAACCACAUCUACCACACUCACUCAAAAUAAUGCUUGUGUCCAGGCGUUCAAAGGAAAACUCAUGGCCCUGGGUAUAACAGAGGUUGUGGUAGCUUGCAUCAUCAUAAUCAUUGGAAUAAUAGAAAUCAGCGUUGUGAUUUAUCCACUUAACUACCGUGACUUUUCGGUAAUAAUCGGGACACCCUGGUGGAGCGGAGGCCUGUUUAUUAUUGCAGGAUCACUUGCAAUAGCUGUUGAGAGGGAACCAACUCAUUGCAUGAUCAGAGGCUGCUUAGGAAUGAACAUCAUCAGUGCCAUUGCCUGCUUCCCAGCGGUAAUAAUAUAUUCUGUAAACCUUGCGUUUCCAGGCUAUUGUUAUUCAAUUAACUGUUUUCAUCAUCAGGGUACAAUUCCAUGUUUGGCCAUACUUCUACUGCUGACACUGCUUAUUGCAGCAAUAUCCAUUUCAGUUUCCAGCUUCAACUGUAAAGCUAUCAACUGUUGCUGUGCCACACCAGAGCCGGUUGUUAUCGUGUACAACACCACAACCACACAACAGAUUCCCACCCAACAGUUCCAGCCGAACCCUCCACCUUACAACAUGGCGGCGAUGGCACCUGUAUAUGCUGGAUAAGAACGGGUUUCUGUGGAAAUUCUGUUUAGUACAUGUUAGUUAACCUUCCAGAACUUGGCACAAUAUUAUUAGAAUAUGUGUAAAUAUUCAGGAUUCUGUUCAUUUUGCUCUUGAGCUGCACGUGAUUCCACUAAGACCACAUGUAUCGCCCUAGUUGCCUUGAGAAGCCAGCAGUUUUCUUUCUAUCCUAGGCUGAUGGGGAGGGCAUUAAGGGUGCAAACUGUGUGUGUAUGUGUGUGUGUGUCAGGGGAGAAAUUGGUGAACCCGUUGCAUUGUUCCAACCGUCCAGACCUUUAAUCGUGAUUUACUUACGGUGGCAGUCCACUAGUUACUAGAUUUAUUCAAUCAAUUUCAUGACUAGUUCAGGGCCAUAAUCGAUACAUUACUCACACACAUACCUCAUUGUCUCAUAUGUGCGACAGUCAAGCAAAGUUCCAUGUCUUGAGCAUCAACCCUUCGGAGUAGAGCUUGAUUUUGUCCGCUAUUGUAUAAACGGGCUGAUUUCAAGUCAGCAACCCACUUUACAUCUCUCUCGAUUUGAAGUCAAUGAAAAUAAAAAUCGAGGGAUGUAAAUCGGGCUGCCAACUUGAUAUGCCGGUUUCAUGUUAUCGCAUACCAAAGCAAGAUCAACCAGAGAGAUGGAGUCUACACCAAUUUUUUAAAGUCGUUCUGCGUUUUCCAAACAUUGUUAAUCUGUUUAAAAUUAUCCUUGUGAGCCAAAAAUGUUGACAAACAGUAGAUUUUCAAUUUACCGUUUUGUCAUUUAACCAGUGUCGUGGCUCAGCCGCCCAUUACAGAAACUGUAGUUUUCACUGAUACCAGUUUUCAUUGAAAAUUACAAUUUCACUCAAAAUUAUUAGAAACAACAUCAACAGGAAUGCCAACUGAACAUUUUAGCACAGAGGAAUUACAACCUAGUGUGUCAACAAAUACACGCAGAAAUGAUCCCCAAAACGGUUUUAAGAAAAAGCGUUCUGUAACGAUACACACAUAUUGGAAAAUUACAUGUGUGUUCAUUCACCUGUGCUAAUAAUUCAAUUGCAGACAAAGGUCACAACCUGUAGCUCAACACGUUGCCAAAUAACAGUGUCACCUAAACACACGAUAAAGUAUAAAAUGCAAUGGCACCCAUGAAUAAUUUGGCACCACAAGCUCACAAAUGGAAUGUCACAUUCAAUAAAUAGUAAACUGAAAAAUGUCAUCAAGACACAUUAGCAAACAAGACACAGUAAAAUCAUCCAAACAAGGUAAAUAAUGCACAAUAAGUCAACUGAACACAUUAAUUAGUACACAGAAUUAACUAAACAUUGAUAAACAUUAGACAAUAUUAAUUAAUAGAACACAUAAAUUUCACAAGUAUAUUAAAAGAUAUUUCAAGGAAAAUUGUUUUGCAUGCUUUAUAUCAGUACAUUGGUGUUGGAAUAGUUUAACCCCUCCAGCUCAAUUUACUCUGCUGUUUUUAAAUGGAUUUGGCAUUUAGAUGGCUGGACUGAGAUUCACAUUCCUAAUUCAAAUCGUGAUACAUUAUCAUAUUGCUGUCCUUAAAAGGCAAAUGAGAAAGAAAGAUUUAGUAAUUAAUGCUAUUUUUCAAUCAACUUGGAAUGUAUAAUGGGGAUUAUAGGGUGAGACUCCCCUUCAAAUGAUUGCUUCUAUGGGGUGGAUGGCCAGAGUUUUCUGAUGUUACUAUAUUGUUCUGAUGUAUAAUAAAUCUACACAAAUAAAAAAUAUUAAUUUGUUGAA